AUGUGGAAAUACUAUAUGCAAGACAUGCAUACCAAGAGAAUCAUUAUGGAGACUAUCGACGACUUUAAGGUUAUCGUUCGUGAAUUCAAGUCGCGAUUGGAGAUUCACCUGUCCUUUGCCGACCUGCAGAGAAGAACAUACGGGAGGGGACACCUCGCCAAACCCCGAUCUGAAAAUCGUUAUCAAUGCGUUCGACACCGAAACUACAAGACAUACGAAUGUGCCAAAACUGGCUUGGAUGCUAUUAAAGUUAAACGAAUUUGA